GACUAAUGACUGGUCAUUCAACAGCAACAAUAACAAAUAAUAUUGAUAAGAUAAGACAAAUGAUAGGGUCACAAGUACAAGAUACACAUCAAAAGAUAGGAGGAUUAGAUAUCAUUGUAGAAAUAGAUGAAUCACUAUUUGGAAGAGUAAAGUAUCACAGAGGAAAACCUGUGAAAGGAGUAUGGGUCAUUGGAGGAGUAGAAAGAACCCAUGACCGAAGAAUAUUU